CGGCCGUAUUUAUCCAACCCGAUCGAUCGAUCGAUCCCCAACCGCACGCACCCGAGCCCCACUGCAAUCCCACCUCCCCAACUCCGCCGCACGCAUCCCCGCACCCGCCACCAUGGCUCGCCGGAGCGGCCUAAUGCUACUACUCCUCGCCGCCGCCGCUGUCGCCUCCGCGGCCGUGCCGCCGUCGUGCGAGCGCAUCGAGUGCCCGUCGUACGAGGUGGUGGACAGCGCCAACGGGUUCGAGAUCCGGCGGUACAGCGACGCCAUGUGGGCUUCCACCGCCCCCAUCGAGGACAUCUCCUUCGUCGCCGCCACCCGCACCGGCUUCCUCCAGUUGUUCAACUACAUCCAGGGGAAGAACGCGUACAACGAGACGAUCGAGAUGACGGCGCCGGUGCUGACGCAGGUGGCGCCGAGCGACGGGCCGUUCUGCGUCUCCUCCUUCGUGGUCAGCUUCUACGUGCCGGCGAAGAACCAGCCGGACCCGCCGCCGGCGGAGGGGCUGCACGUGCAGAGGUGGGCCGGGGCCAGGUACGCCGCUGUGCGCCGCUUCGGCGGCUUCGUGGCCGACUCCGACGUCGGCGAGCAGGCCGCGCUGCUCGACGCCAGCCUGCAGGGGACCAGGUGGGCCGCCGCCGUGUCCGACGGGCGCAGGGCCGACCCGACGUCGUCGUACACGGUGGCGCAGUACAACUCGCCGUUCGAGUUCAGCGGCAGGGUCAACGAGAUAUGGAUGCUCUUCGACGCGAAGGAUGCAUCCGACAUGUAACGCGAUGAGCGCGCGGCAAUUCCAAAUCUUCAAAUGUUCACCGGAGUAGUAGACUCGAUCGCACAGCUAGUGUAAUCUUCAAGCUCCUGGUCGGAAGAAUAAUGGCAUCUUAAAGCCCUAAACUGCUCGAGUGAACUGUUUUUUUGCACUGUAAAGUAUGUAGUUGAGUUGUGACUCGUGCGUAUCGAGAUUAACAACAAUAAAAGUUCUGUUUAGUCAACUAUUUUAACGCAUGAUUUAACGGGGAACAUCAAUAUAUAUACCUUUUCAGCUCUGUUUCGAAGAAA